AACAUGAAUACCUUUUCACAUGUACCCCCGGGCUUUAGAUUCCACCCGACAGAUGAAGAACUUGUUGAUUAUUAUCUCAGAAAGAAGAUUGCUUCAAAGAAGAUCGACCUUGAUGUCAUCAGAGAUGUUGAUCUUUAUAAGAUUGAGCCAUGGGAUCUUCAAGAAUUGUGCAAAAUAGGUAGUGAAGAUCAGAAUGAGUGGUACUUUUUCAGUCACAAAGAUAAAAAGUACCCAACCGGAACUCGCACAAAUAGGGCAACCAAAGCUGGGUUUUGGAAAGCUACCGGAAGAGAUAAAGCUAUUUACAUCAGGCACAACCUAGUUGGCAUGAGAAAGACUCUGGUGUUUUACAAAGGACGUGCUCCAAAUGGACAGAAGUCAGAUUGGAUCAUGCAUGAGUAUCGACUUGAAACUAAUGAAAAUGGACCUCCUCAGGAAGAAGGAUGGGUUGUCUGUAGGGUGUUCAAGAAACGAUUGGCAACAGUAAGGAGAAUGGGUGAUUACGAGUCACCAUGUUGGUAUGACCAAAGCUCCUCAUUCAUGCCCGAACUUGAUUCUCCAAGGACAAAUAUGUUUCCAAACCCUGCUUAUACAACAACAUCAUCAUCAUCAUCAUAUCAUCAACAGCUUUAUUCCAACUGCAAACAAGAACUUGAUCAUCAUUUGCAGUACAACGCUAUUCCUGUGCCUCCUCAUCCUGAUUCUUUUCUCCAGCUCCCUCAAUUAGAAAGCCCCAAGGUUGCUCAAUAUGGCACUUAUGAUCAUCAUCUUAGGAACAAUGGAUGUCAUGUCAUGCCAUCUUCCACGUUCAGGCCUGAGGAGCAAGUGCAGCAGAUGAACCAACAUAAUCUCAUGAUCAACUCCUCACCACUACUUUAUAAUGACAACAGUCUUGAUGAUCAACUUACAGAUUGGCGAGUUCUUGACAAAUUUGUUGCAUCACAGCUCAGCCAUGACCAGCAAGAAGCUUCAAAGGAAACAACAGCAAAUUACUCGAAUGAAGCAGUAUUUGAUCCCGUGGGUGAUGAAGUGCAUACGAGUAUGGGAGCCAACGAAUCCAAGAGGCCGGAAAAUAUUAUUGCACAGGACUAUGCCGCCUCAACAUCCACCUCAAGUUGCCAAAUUGAUCUUUGGAAAUGA